AGCUUGCGUUACAAAGUGAACGGUGUGAGGGUUGAGGGCUCCAGAAUGAAUGAUCCCAGGAGUACACUUAAUAGGAGCUCGGAAGUAGUUGGGACACAGAAACAUUGGUUUAAUUGAUCGGACAACCUCUUCUGAACACUAUGUGCCAGGGACUUAGAUGGACACUAGAGAUUCAGAAAUGCUUAAAUGGCCUCCAGAGAACGCACGGGCGUUGAGGGCAAGGGUUAGAGAUCUGGAAAUGGUUUCAUUAGGAUGUGAUACAACUGAGAGAUGCCAUUGUAGCGCUACAGAUAAUUCCAUAUUGUGUGUGCUUGGUCCCAAACCCACUUGUAUUUUCUAUAUCUUGCUAUGUUCAUUAUUCUUUUCACUGCCUCAGGCUUUCCCAUUCUUCAGGCUUCUCUCUGUCGAUGCAUUAAUUCAAAUAUUAAAAGACUACUGAUUCCAGAUUCUGUCCUGGGCAUAGACUAGACUACGUCAGAACAAAACAGAUCAUUCUUGCCCUUAAGAAAGUUACAUCCAGUCAGGGUGGUGAUGAGGGUGGGUAUUAGAUACUGAACCACAGAUGUAAUAAUGGCAGCAUAUAGUAUGUUAGAUGGGGAUAAGUACUUUGAAAACAAAAGUAGAAAAAAGAGGGAUCUGAAAGUGGGAAGAGGAGCAAAUUGCAGUUGAAAAUAGAAUGGUCAGUGUGGGCUUUAUGGAAGAAGUUGACAUUAGGGCUAAGAUUUUGAGAUGAGAGAGUUAACAAUUUGAUUGUCUAAGAAGAGCAGUCCAGAGUCAUCAACCAAUGAAAGACUCUAAAGUGGGAUUGUGCCUGAACAAUGUGAGGACCAGCAAGGAAGCCAGGAAUGACUGGACAGAAUAAGUGAAGGGAAAAGCAAUAGAAUGAAGGUCAUAAGUAAUGGAACUGGAUCAUGGAGGGCUCUGUACAUCACUAUGGACUUUGACAUUUACAGACUGAAUUGGGAAUCAUUAAGUCAUAAGCAGAGGAGAGACAUGAUCUGACUAAUAUGUCAGAAGGAUCACUCUAAUUGGGACUACACUGUGGGAGGGAACACAAAGAUACAAGAAUUUCUUUGAUAUUUGGCUAAAUGAAAGACAUCUGGAUUUUCAUGUUUUCACAUUUAGUCUGUUGUGACAUCAUGUAGCCUCUGGAAAGCUGUAUGCAUGAGUGGACAAGAAUGAAACAGGACCUGAGGUUAAAAUAUGGAUCAAGAAGGAAGUAAUUAUACUAGACAAAAAUUAGGAAGAAAUCUCCAAGGGGGUACCCGGAUUUGAACCAGGGACCUCUUGAUCUGCAGUCAAAUGCUCUACCACUGAGCUAUACCCCCACGCCGCGCCUUGGCUUGGAUGCGGCUCUUUUGGGUGUUGACACUGAUACACUAAAUGGGAACAGUAAAGUUCUGGCAUAAAGCAUGCUUCCACUGCGAGACCUGCAAGAUGACCCUCAACAUGAAGAACUACAAGGGCUACGAGAAGAAGCCCUACUGCAACGCACACUACCCCAAGCAGUCCUUCACCAUGGUGGCUGACACCCCGGAAAACCUCCGCCUCAAGCAACAGAGUGAGCUGCAGAGUCAGGUACGCUACAAGGAGGAGUUUGAGAAGAACAAGGGCAAAGGCUUCAGCGUGGUGGCAGACACACCCGAGCUCCAGAGAAUCAAGAAGACCCAGGACCAGAUCAGUAACAUAAAAUACCACGAGGAGUUUGAGAAGAGUCGCAUGGGACCCAGUGGGGGUGAAGGUCUGGAGCCCGAGCGCCGAGAUCCCCAGGAGAGCAGCUACCGGCGGCCCCAGGAGCAGCAGCAGCCUCACCACAUCCCCGCCAGCGCCCCAGUGUACCAGCAGCCCCAGCAGCAGCCGGCAGCCCAGUCCUACGGCGGCUACAAGGAGCCUGCAGCCCCGGUGUCCAUACAGCGCAGCGCCCCAGGCGGGGGCGGGAAACGGUACCGUGCUGUGUACGACUACAGUGCUGCCGACGAGGACGAGGUCUCCUUCCAAGAUGGGGACACCAUCGUCAACGUGCAGCAGAUCGACGACGGCUGGAUGUACGGGACCGUGGAGCGCACCGGUGACACGGGGAUGCUGCCAGCCAACUACGUGGAGGCCAUCUGAGCCCGCCGGGCACCGCCCGCCCCAUCCGUCUUCAGUGCAUUCCACAGCAUCGCGUCUGUCCUGGGCGUGACCUGUCCACCCUUCGGUGUCUCUGUUUUUUAAAUUCUGCAACAGCUUGUUUGUCCUCCCCCUCUUCCAGCUUCUUUUGCCAACCGAAGCCUUGUUCUGCCACUUUCGCAGCUCCCCUUCUGGCAGGUUUUUCCCUUGACCAACUUCUUGGUUUUCUCUCUGGAUGGAACACAUGUGAACCGCUCUGUGGGAGGCCAAGGCCUGUGGGGAUGGUCUGGGUGGGCGACCCGUUGGCUCCCAGGCCUCUGCCUUCUCUCUUUUCUGCCCCUCAGCCCCUCCUGCCCACCUCCUCAUACAUCCAAACAUUCCAGGACUGAGGUGAGCCCCAGACCCCCAGGACUCCCAGAGGAGGGGCUCCACACAUUCCCAGGAGUGGGACCCUGCUGCCCGUGCCCUGGGAUGGGGGUGGGGGUGGGGAGGGUGCUGCUGUUGUGCCAGUGAGGUGGGCUCUGCCUCUGCGUCUCAGAUGGGGCUGCCGGCCCUCCACGAGGUCCCCUCACCACCGUCUUCCCGCUCACGGUGGACAGAGGCGGUAAAGUUCCUGCUUUGGUGUUCAUUCAUCCUUCCCCACGGUUCCUUUUCACACUGUGAUUUCGCUCUCCUGCUCACCCGGGCCUGGUGUGGGCGAGGAGCUGGAAGCUCGGCUUGGGUCCGCGUCUCACCUUUCUGCUUUAGGGACAGCUGCAGGAAAGGGGAACGGGGUGUUCUCUUCACAGCCCUUUUCUCUCCUUCCCACUGAGUCUCCAGGAUCCCUGGCUUGCCUCCUCCUGAAAGAUGGGGCAAGGAAGCCUCAGGCCUCUCAGCCGUGCAACCCAGCCCCUGAGACCUAGUUAGAUGGGCCGCUCCUCCUGGGAAGGCAGCUUGGGGCCUUCCAUGGCCUCCCCCCAUCCCACACCACCUGAUCUGACCCCAGGGGGACUGGACUGUUCGAAGCCACAGCCUGCUCUGCAUCUCCACGACUUCCUUGAGGGGGAAGGAGUGGGUGUCUGCAGGUGUCUGUGACAGGCGAGUGUGCGAGCGAGUGUGAGAGAAGCAGCCAGGCUGUGGGCUUUCAGGAGGGUGCACAGAGGGAGGUCCUUGAGGGAGAUAAAUUCCUUAUGUUUUCUUUGGAAUGAGAAUCCCUCCUUUCCUUCUAUCCCUGGAUGGAGGAAGCCCACCACCCCACUUUCCAAAGUGCAGAAGUGAGGAGGGGGUGUGUACCUGACGGAGGCUGAUGUUGGGGCCUGUAGCGUGGUGGAGGAGUGGGGAGAGGAAAGACUUCAUGACUCCAGGCAGAUACUUUCCCCCCAUGUCUGUGUCCUGGGCUGUAGAUAGGGAGCCAGGGGACCCUGUGUCACCUACACUGAGUUCUCCCAUCUUCCUUCCCACCCUGCCCUUCCCCCAGCUGGCCCAUUUACCUAAAGUCUCCUUGAAAUAAAGGGAGAGAGGGUCCCAGGGCUACGAAACUGGAAGCGCAGACCCGAGUUGAGGAAGGGAAAGAUGGUGCUAUCUCCAAGUCCCUUCUCUCACUCGUGGGUGGCUGUGACCACCCUUGCCUGAUUUUAUUCAUCUCUGGGCUUUCCUGUCACCCUUCUGGGUCUCCCCUUCCCAUAUUUACCCCAAGGCCACUGACUCAGGCCCUGUUGUUGCCAUCUUUGCACCCUUGUGCCCUGCAGGAGAUGGAGGGGCCUACAGGCAUGUUUAACAUCUAGUCCUCACUGCUUGUGAGCUGGCUUGGGAAUAUUUACCCCAGAUCAGAGGUUUGAGCCCCUGCCUGACUGACCAAUCUCUUUCCCUCCUUGGCCACAGCCACGGUGAGGGUGGGUGGAGAGUCUUAUAUUGGGCAGUGUGGGGGAUGAGGGAGGCAGAGAAGGAACGAUUUUGGGAGCCGUGGGCAGACACUAGUCCAUUCUAUUUCCUCUUAAUCUCAAAGCACAAUGUGGAUUCUGGGACCAAAGGUCAGAGAGACAUACCCUGUUGGAGAACCUGUGGUUGGCAGGGAAGUGAGAAGCUGGGAAUGGGGGCUGGAGAGCAAGAAGUAGCCUGUUUUCACUCAGCUUAAUUUUUCUUCCAAAACAAGGCAAGCCAGCCACUGGAAUCUUGCUGCCAGCCCUUGGUUCCUCCCAUCCUAAAAAUAGGGGACCUUUUCUUACACACCCCCAGAGAGAGGAGGGACUAUCACACUGGUGCUGAGGGAUCUAGGGGCUGCUGAGAGUCCUUAUUCCUUUCCAGAAUCAUCCAUCCCUAGCAGAGCACAGAACCUGAGGGCUGGACCAAGUCCCUGGUCUUUUCUUACAGUUCACAGAGGGUUGUUUUUUUUUAGCCAAUCUAAUCCCAGGAAAGAAGAUGCAACAAAGCUAGAAUGUGAAUAUAACUUUAGUGGACCAAUAAUAAAAUGCAAGAAGCCCAAUGGUGAGAAAAGUGAAUUCUCUCAAUAUUGCUUCCUGUUUUCUUCCUCAUGUCCCUCCAGGGAAAACUACUUUAUUGCUUAAUUUCUGCCUUUUCCCCCCUCACAUAUGCACUUUUGGGCCUUUUUUUUUUUUAAAUAGCUGGAAAAAAAAAAUACCACCCCACAAACCUGUAUUUAAAAAGAAAUAGAAAUGAUCACAUGGAAUUUGCUUCUGUCCAAACAUUUCAUCUGUGUGUGUGUGCGUGCGUGUGUGUGUGUGAAGCCGUCCAUUCAUCUUUUUAUAUGGGGUGGUUGUCUUUUCUUGGUCUGUUUUGGUCCCCUCCCUCGUGGGCUUGUGCUUGGGAUCAAAUCUUUCUGGCCUGUUAUGAUUCUGAACAUUUGACUUGGACCACAAGUGAAUCUUUCUCCUGGUGACUCAAAUAAAAGUAUAAUUUUUACCUGCGGA